AAAACCCCCCAAACCCCUCCCUCGCUUUCCCCGAGACGAGAUUCCUUCCGCCGGUCCGCCCCGCGAUGGCUCCCGGUGCCCUGGCCCGCCUCCUCCUCCGCCGCGCGCCCACCCCUCGCCUCGCGCGCCCCUUCGCCGCGAAGGCCCGCGCGUCCCGGCGGCUGCAGGAACCGGAGCUCCCGUCGGAGGAGGAGAACAACUUCGCCGGCGGCGAGGUUGCCGCCCCCACUGAGGGCAUCAGCAAGCCGCUCGCCGAGGUCCUCAAGGAGCUCGGGAAGAGAGUUCCCGACCCCCUCGUGAAGACACGUAUCGAGGAUAACGGCUUCGCCAUCAAAUACAUCCCAUGGCACAUUGUGAACAAAAUUCUCAACAUACAUGCCCCAGAGUGGUCUGGGGAGGUCCGCAGCAUUGUUUAUUCAUCUGAUGGGAAAUCUGUAUCUGUUGUCUAUCGCGUGACUCUUCAUGGGACUGAUGCGGAGAUCUACAGAGAGGCUACUGGAACUGCUUCUGUUGAUGAUACAAGCUAUGGCGAUCCCGUACAAAAGGCAGAAGCUAUGGCUUUUCGUCGUGCUUGUGCGCGUCUUGGUCUUGGACUUCAUCUCUACCAUGAAGAUAUGUCAUAGAUGACUAAUGUUAGUGUUCGUCUUAUGAGGGAUGUGAACUGGUAUACUUCCACUUUCGUCAUAUGCGGACUGUUGUCCCUUAAAGGGCUAUCCAUUUGCACUGGACAUGCUUCUCUUUCUUAUAAGGGACGUGAACUUAUAAAUGCUUGAAGCUUAGGUUGUCGUUUUGGGGAGACUAUAUGUAAGCUACCAAUGCAACUAAUGGUCUGAACUGUAUUUAGUGCCUUGUUCCAACAUCUAAAUCUCUGAGUCCAUGUUCAUGAAACCUUGAUAGCUCUGUUUUCUUAUUUUCAUUAUUCUUAA